AUGAACGCUGUGAUAGGUCAAGUCAAGUGUUUUGCCUGUGACGAGUCUGGGCAUGUGAGCCACAACUGUAAGAUGUAUGAGCUGGUUGAAGAGGCCAAGGAAGGCAAUGAGGGAGGUACUGACGACGCGACUUGGGCCGACGAUUCCUGGCAUGAAGGCUGGGAUCAGUGGGAUGCCAGCACAGGUCAUGAGGCCUGGGGUAGCGCGAUCGUUGAGACUUCGAAGGAGACUAAGCCAGUUAAGAAUCUACAGUUGAGUGCUGUGAUCUUUUCGCCGUUGCUGGUAAAUGAGAUCCUGGAGGACCCACAGGACUGCGAGUGGUGGUUACUUGACAGUGGGGCUGGAGUUUCUGUGUUGAGUGAGAGUGCUGCUGCGUGGUUUGGGAUAGAUGUUGGUGAGCUCAGAAGCUCACGAGUGCAGCAGGGCGCGUGUGCUAAGGAGAUCGUGCUUUUCUGCAAUGUGCCCUGGGUGCGUUUGAGACCUGUGGUGCAUCCGGAGUCGCCUGAGGGCGAGCUGUGUUUGGCGCCAUUGACGCCUCAGGUCCCACUUGUCAUACUCCAUAUCACCCUGGGUGCAAGCACUGCCAGGUGUCCAGAACGGUUUUUCAGCAUAGGAGAGACGAGAGGUCAGAUCGGACAAUUUGCGUGUGCUUGUGAUGGUGGAACGGAUGUCGUCCAUGAUAGGUGGCUUCGUGAGUUUGGGCUUGAGUCGGGCACAUGUUCAAUCCUCAUGUUGACAGACGCAGAAGAAGCCGUGUCGGACUUGGUGGCCGGCGCCUCCGAUGAGUUUGUGUUUCAGGUCAGGAAAGCAGGUCCUCAGUGUCACGAGUCGAUUGGUGUUGCCGAGCGCGGGGUAAGGAAGAUUAAAGAGUCAUUGCAAACAUUGCGUAGUGAUUUGAAUCAUGAAGGCCUGGACAUCUGCUUCAAUCACGUCGGUUUCAGUGCUGCUCUUACGUAUCUUUGCGGUAGCUUGAACAGGUUCUCGAAGGCUCAUGGGUCGGACCUUGCACCAUGUGACAUGCCUAUGCAGAGACCAACCCCCAAGGGCGCCUUCACUCUGUUUGGCGCUACGGUCUUAGCCGAGCUGCCGCAGUCGAUAAAAGAUCUGGGACCGAACCUACCCCGGUUCACGGAGGCUGCCUUCCUCUACCCGGUGUUAGGGUCCCAGGCCAUUCGUGCUGCUGCGCUGAUUCGACUUGAGGGCAAGUUGGAACUAAAGGUCUUUAACGCAAAAUCUGUGAAGGUAACGGUUCCGCUAACUUGGCGGCUUGAGCUCGUGGAAGGAGUGAUUGCUCCCAUUGGUGGCGGACCCAGAGUCCCUCCUGUUCUUGAGCAUCGUGAAGUGCUUGAUCCUCCUGUGUCAGUCCGUGGGCCUGCAUCGGGGCCGCCUGUUGAUUGGCUUCGGCGUCAUGGGUACACGGCUCGAUGCCCAGCGUGCUCUAAUCUUCAAGCUGGCCGACGGGCAGGUCAGAAGCACGGUCGGGCUUGCCAGCAGAGGUAUGCUCGUUGGCUUCGGGAGUCGGUUGCUGGUGACGACGCUGCCGUUACAGAGGAUAGGGCUCGAACUGUGGCCGCAGAUCCGAUUGCAGCUCCUGACCAAUCUGGCCAGGAGAUGGCCGUGGAACUUGGUGAUCAGGGUGACGGUGCUCCGAGCGUUCCAGUGCAUCGGGUCCUGAUGCCGAUGGCGUCCGUAGUGAUGCCCAGCAUGCAGGGUCGCAUCGGGCAUCGUCUGAUUCUGGAGGCCUGGAGCCUGAUUCAAAGAGGAGCGAAGGCUCCACAGGGCUUCAGUUGGGAUCUUCAGCUGGGCAUGCCAGCUCUGGUGGUGGCUCCGGGCCCCAGCGUUCCGCGGCUGGUCGAGGGAAUUAUGUGGGCGUCUGUAUUCGAUGAAGGGAUCAACAGCAUCAGGUAUGAGUCAUCUUCUGGUAAUGCCGCUAAGCCGAAGUUUGAGAGUGUUCCACUUGGGGGGACACGGGUGCACUUGUGGUGCCCUGACGGCGGCAUUGAUGAUAGCACGCUUGAAGAGCUUCCGGGAGAUUUAGUGUUUGCUGGCAUGAAGGAGGAAAUCUGCAAUUUGGAGAAUUGCCGCACAGGCCGCAUUAUCGGUUCUGAGGAAGUUGAUGCGCUGAAGCGAAAACAUCCGGGAAUGCGUGUGAUCCAAUCCAGGUGGGUCUGCGCUCGUAAGAAUGCUCAGCGAGUUCGCAGCAGGAUCGUUGCAAAGGACAUUGCCAACGGGUCGGCGCGUGGGACCGCGCAUGGUGGGCGAGCCAUCGUGAUCGCCUAUGUGGAUGAUCUGUUGAUCAUCACUGAUGAUGAGCUUGUUGAACAGGCCAUCCUCGGUGCCAUCUCGAAGCGGUUGCAUGUAAAGAUCACAGGAAGGAUCUUCCCCUCGAGCACCGGAGGUGGGAGCCUCACCUUUCUCGGUAGAUGCAUCCGUAGAUGGCCAAAUUCUGCUGUGAUUGAGUUGAGCAUUGACAAGCAGUACUUGGAACCAUGUUUUUGCGCCUACGGGAUCACGAAGGGUUCACAAGCAGUGCCUGAUGUUGCCAGUUUGCUUGAGAAAUCCGGUCCAGAACUCACACCGGAAGCAUAUUCGCGCUUUAGGCGAGCAUUGGGCCGGCUGUUAUGGUAUGCUCAGACGAGGCAGGAUAUUAAGUUGAUGCUCACCUUGAUUGCCACGCAACAGAGCAAACCUACUUCAGCCACUGAGUCUGCUUUGCGUGCUGUCCUUCGGUUCCUAAAGGGUGACGAGUACAUAAUCCAUCAGAUUCCCGCUGCGAGCUUGGAUCCUGAGUAUUUGAACUGCUCACGUGAUGAGCUGCUCACGCGCGUGCAUGUGUUCGCAGACGCUUCAUAUGCUCCAUAUCGCUUCCUUGAGCGGAGGGGCAUCACUGGAGGAGCAAUCACCUUUGCAGGGAGUGCUGUGAGAUUGGUUGCCAAAACACAAAGCGUUGUCUGUUUGUCGUCCUGCGAGUCGGAGUUGCACGCCUUGCAAUUCAUGGCCCAAGAAUGUGUCGCAUUCAUGUUCAGCGUGAACCGGGUAUUGGCAAGCUUUGGCGAGGCAUCUCUUCGGUAUGAUGUCCAAUUGGACACUCGGGAGGAUGAGGACUCCCAUGAUCCUGAUCAGGAGUCUGUAGCUGAGCUCUUGACAGACUCACAGUCGGCAGUCGACCUCCUCAAGGGGGAAGAUCUGCCUCGGCGGAGUCGACACAUUGAGAUCCGCAUAGCGUGGCUCAGAGAGCACCUAAGGUUUGGCCGCAUUCUGCUCAGGUGGCUGCGAGGUACUGUGAAUCCAGCUGAUCUUUUGACGAAGUGUUUGCCAACUAGAACACAUGUGCUUCAUCGUGAGCGCUUGGGAUUCGUUGCCGAGACGGGACAUGCAAGUGCCUUAUUUGCCCUUGCUCAGCUACAUGUACAACAUGAGAAUAAGACCGGAAGUUCUGUAGCUUUGCUGGAGGUCUGCUGUAGUGCCGACUCCGAGUUGUCGAGGGCAUGCCGUGAGCUUCGGAUUCCGUAUGUUGGCAUCACGGCGAAUGCGGAAACGUCUCGUGUGUUUGAGCAAGCUGCUAGGUACGUCAGUGAGUGGAAGCUGAGUGGGCUUUGGGUUCAUGUGCACACUUCCACGCCAUGUGCACCUGGAUCACCGCUGAAGCGGUUCAGUGAAUCGAAGACCGAAGCCGACUUUGCGUGGGAGCCUCUUUGCAAGUACGCCUUGAAGUAUCUGAAGCUUGGUGAUGGUAGAUCUUUUGAGCUGCCGUACCUUAACGAGCUUUGGAAACGACAUGGAACACAGAAACUGUUGAAGGAUGCUUGCUUGAUUUUUCACGUGCAGGUGUACCUGUGUGCGACGGGCAUGAUGUCAAAGUCCGGCCUGCCGAUUGGCAAGCAGUUGUGUUUUGCGUGCUCGCAUGAGGUCUUCAGUCGAAAGCUGCGUGAGUUGUUUGGCACAUGUCGUUGCAGUGCGCAUGCCAGCUUUGCAGACACUGACUACACGUCAACAGGACACUACAACAAAGCAUUGGCAAGAGGUAUCAUCAAAGCCCUGAGUACAGUUUAA